GUGUUGCUAGCAGCCUGCUUUUCUUGCUUUGGAGUCUUUUCCAGGAGAGGCAGGAUCCAGAGGCCAUACAUGGGAACAGCCCCCUGACCUUCCAGCAAAGUUAUGAUAAGCGGGCCCCAUGUCGCCCGGGUGAUUCCGACAGAAAUGAGUUAAGCAAUGUUCUCCCUGGGGCCCACAGCCCAGCUCCGGGUGUGAGCAGACACUGGCCUCCGCAACCACAGCCAUGGCCAACAGGACCAACGCCUCUGUCCCGUACACCAGCUAUGAAUACUACCUGGAUUAUUUAGACCUCAUCCCUGUGGACGAGAAGAAGCUGAAAGCCCACAAGCAUUCCAUCGUCAUUGCCUUUUGGGUGAGCCUGGUAACUUUCGUGGUGCUUCUCUUCCUCAUCCUGCUCUACAUGUCCUGGUCAGGCUCCCCGCAGAUGAGACACAGCACCCAGCCCCACCAAUGCCCACGGAACCUCAGGCUCCCCCCCUGCCUCCGGAGGACCUCCCGGCAGACAACGGAGGGGCCAGGCAGUAGGACUGGCUCUGACCAAUGGUUAGAGCAGGAGAGUCCCUCGGCCUCACCCCCUGCACCUCUGGCUCUCCCCUGGGACCAGGCUUGGGAUGGGGGUUCCCAAGGCACCAGCUGACCUCCAGAACCAGCAAGGUGCAGUGGUGAACCUGGAGACAGAGCUUCUCAACUGUGGAAUCCAGAACCGAUGAACUGAAACACUCAAACUAACAUGGACAGCCAUUUACAAUGUAGCAAGAAACUGGCCAGGUUGAAACCAAGUCUGGGAGGAGGACUGAUAGUCUGGCUAGGAUGGAGAAGCUGCCGCAGACAUAGCUGAUUCUGCUGAACAUGCUCAAUCUGCUUACUGCUUACAUUUGCUGUGGGAUUCAUGGGGAAUAAAACAGGAA